GUAGAAUUACUGAAAAAUUUGACCUGGUCUUGAAAACUGGAGAAGGACCUUUUGAAAAGACACUAUCUCAAAGGCAGGCAAAUUUUCAGGGUUCUGUCUGCAGAGAUAGACUCUUUCUCAUUCUUGAAUAAAAUAAAUUAAUCUUUGUGGCAUGGAACUGAGCGACAAGAUUUUGUAUUUAAAAUAAAAUAUUACAUUGUUGAAGGACCAAGGUAUUCUGGAAAUAAUGCUGCUAAUAAUACAGUUGAGAUAUGCAUGUUAUUCAUUCUGUGAACUGCUAAACAGUGCACUUAACCGAAAGUGUUCGGUGGAUUCCCUGAGAAGCAUUUGAGCAAACGAGUAAUUCCGAUUAUUUCAGCAAGAUGACCAAUACACUUAAAGUUUAGGCUUGUAUUUAAAUACCUUUCUGAACUUGACUCAUUGUCUGUUUAGCUAUGUGCUUAACUCAGUUCCUAUUUAAAAGGGCUAAAUGCCUAAGCAACUCUGUCAUUUAUUUGGUUAAGUGUAUAUUGAAUUGGCUGUAUGUAAGCGCAUACUUAAAUUAGGCAUAUACUUAUGUACGUUACUGACCAAGGAUCUGAAUUAGAAUGCAGACAAACCACUUUAGGAACCAUUUCUGCUAUUGGAUUUACUAGAGCAAUGUCUGUUGACCCUGUAGAAAGCUGCAUGACUAUCCAGUUAAUUGCAAGAUGCUAGCUGUUCAGGAUAAGGUCUGGUUCAUUUGUCAUUUGAAACACUUAAGUAUUUCAAUUUUCAGAAGAACCAGUACAUAAUUCUAUGCCUAAUUUGCAUGCACAGCUGCUGGAGCUAUAUAUUCGAAAGCCUGUUAGUUAGCUACAUAUUAGGCAGGAUGUGCAGCAAAAUACCUGAUACUCAUGAGCAGUCAGGCAAAUUGGGUACAACUCUCAUUGCAUGUCUGACUUCAAAGUGGGAUCUGUAAAAAGUGCUGAACAUUGUGAUGAUGUCUCAGAUUCAUGCAUGUUUUUUAAAAAGCCCUGGAAGUCAUUAUUGCACAGUUAAUUCCUAAGUGCUAAUAAUUUUCCUAUUUUUCUCCUUUAGAUAGAAAAGUGAAGUGGUUUGUUACAUGUUAAGGAGCAAGGUGCCUCAAAAUUUAACAUAAAUAAAAUAAGUGUAAAUAGGAAGCAUGAGGAAAAAAUGGGUACUGUUAUUUUAUCUUUUCUAUUCCACCCAUGCUACAUAUAAAUUAAGUUUCAUUUAGAUUUGUUUUGUCCUUUGGUCAUACCCAACUGUAACACAGCCUUUGCAGAUCUGUAGAACAGGUUUGCAACACUUUUUUUUUUUCCUUCUUUUCAUUUUUUUUAAAGUAGUAUGUUUCCUGUGGGGUCUGUUGGAACUCAUAUAGCUAAAACUGCACAGUAGUUUGAGACUUACCUCAUAUUUUGCUUUUUGAUAAGAAUAUUAAUAUAUUCAUUUAAAAAUCCCUAAGUUAGGGGGUGUAUAGUUAAAGCAUACACAGUUUUAACCAAAGCAGUAAAAUCCACUGACGCAGUGGAUUGACUUUUAAAACUAUGUUUAAAUAAAAGCAUUUACUUUAAUAAAGUGCAUGAGGUAGUACUAAAGGGCUUAGUUGGAUAGCAUAAAUACAGCUAAGCCAGUAAUUUUUGAUAGGUAUCAAUACUUGGUAUAAUUAGAAUUUCUUUCUUUCAUUUUUCAGUUUAGUGUUUAAUGUUUGUACAUGUUUAAAUCCCUUUGAAUUUCAAAUUUAAUGUGUACAUUUAAUUGUAAUCAUAAUGAUUUAACUAUUAAAUCUUUUGAUUUUUGAAGAUCUUUUGGGGUUCAUUUAGCAGUCUAAUUAUGACUAAUGUUGAGUGAAACCUGUGUUUAAUUCAGAUUGGAUAUUACUUAAACUUUUAGCAUGGCAGGGGAAUAGAAUCUGAUUGAAAUAGUAGGAAAUACAUAUUUUGGGAAAAUAUGGCUUACUUAGUGGAUCAGUUAUGAUUUUCUUCAAUCUCAGUAAAUUUCAAGCUAAUUUAUCAAAGUUUCAGAUAAACUGAGGUGACCUAGAAUGUGAGACAAUACAAAUCUAAAUAUUUUCUCCUCUCCCCUCCUCCACCUCCAGCUUCACUUGUAGUAUGUAUUGUGUGGAGUCACUGUAGUUCAGUAGUUUUUAUUUGAUUUUCAUUUAUUUUUACAUCCAAAGUAGGUAGCACCAGAGGAUUAAGAAAAAACCACAAAUUUCAGUUAGCACAUACGUUGGGUUUUUUCUUUUUUUUUUUUUCUUUUCUUUUACUGAUUUGGUUAUUUGCCAUUUCUGGGGAUUAAACUUUAAAAAAUGUUCUUCUUUUCUGUAUCUGAUGUUCUGUGUGCUAUUAGUGAUGCAGCCAACACGAACGGUUGUCAUGUGUAAAACAACUUUCGAUCACCGCGAAAACACCGCCCUGGGAAAGCGUCCAUGCUUGAUAUCGUUUGGUUCAUGAACAUUAAGUUUCCAGUACAGGUAAAAUCCCAGAUGAAGCCAAAGCCCUUUCUCUGUUGGCGCCUGCUCCUACAAUGACAAGCCUGAUGCCUGGUGCAGGGUUGCUUCCUAUACCUACACCAACCCCUUUGACUACACUCGGUGUUUCACUUGGCACUUUGGGCGCUAUACCAGCAGCAGCAUUGGACCCUAACAUUACGGCACUGGGAGAAAUACCACAGCCACCAAUAAUGGGCAAUGUGGAUCCAUCCAAAAUUGAUGAAAUCAGGAGAACAGUCUAUGUUGGAAACUUGAAUUCCCAGACUACAACAGCAGAUCAGCUGCUUGAAUUCUUUAAGCAAGUUGGAGAAGUCAAAUUUGUGCGAAUGGCGGGUGAUGAGACGCAACCAACACGAUUUGCUUUUGUGGAAUUUGCAGACCAAAAUUCUGUACCUCGAGCUCUUGCCUUUAAUGGAGUUAUGUUUGGAGACAGGCCACUAAAAAUAAAUCACUCCAAUAAUGCAAUAGUGAAGCCUCCUGAAAUGACACCACAAGCUGCUGCCAAGGAACUGGAAGAAGUGAUGAAGCGAGUAAGGGAAGCCCAGUCUUUCAUAUCUGCUGCUAUUGAGCCAGAGUCUGGAAAGAGCAGUGAAAGAAAAGGCGGUCGAUCCCGUUCCCAUUCUCGUUCAGAAUCCAGGUCUAGCUCAAAAUCCCGAUCUAGAAGAAAAAGAUCACACUCAAAACACAGAAGUAGAUCUGGCAACAGAUCGCUCUCAAGACACAAGGACAGACGCAGAUCUAGGAGUCCCCUGAAAAAACGGUCUCGAUCUAGGGAAAGGCGAAAAUCAAGAAGUCGCUCUCAUUCUCGGGACAAGAAAAGAGACAAAGAAAAGGUCAAGGAAAAAGAAAAGGCCAAAGAAAAGGAGAAGGAGAGAGACAGAGACAAGGAGAAGGAGAGAGACCGAGACAGAGACAAAGACAGGGAGAGAGAACGAGAUAAGGAGAGAAACAGGGAGAAGGACAAGGAGAAGGACAGGGAGAGGGAUAAAGAGCGAAAUAAAGAUCGCGAGAGGGUCAGAGACAAAGACAAGGAUAGGGACAGGGACAAGGAUAAGGACAAAGAUAAGGACAGGGAAAAGGAAAAAGAUAAGGAGAAGGAAAAAGACAGGGAAGAGAUAGACCAGAACAAGGAAAAAGAAGAUACUGAGAAAGAAGGAGAGAAGGACAGAGAGAAGAUUAAGGACAAGGAGGGAGAUAAGGAUAAAGGAGGGGAAAAAGAGAAGGACAGAGACAAAGAAAAGGAAAAAGAUGGGGAUAAAGAGAAGGAGCGAGAAAGAGAAAAAGAGAGAGAUGAUAAAAAGAAGAAAGAGAAGAGAUCCAGAACACCCCCAAGAAGCUAUAGCUCUUCAAGAAGAUCUCGUAGCUCCAGCAGAGAAAGACGUAAAAGGAAGAGUAGAAGUCUCUCCAAAUCUCCUAAAACAUCCAAAACAACAAAAAGAAAGUCUUCACGAACUCCUUCUCCGAGAAGAAACAAGAAAGAGAAAAAAAGAGAAAGAGAUGCAAAUAACGAAAGAAGAGAAAGAGAACGCUCCACCUCCAAGAAAAAAAGUAGUAAAGAAAAAGAGGGAAGGGAGAAAUCUGACAAAAGCACCACUACUUUGAAGGACAAAGAUCACGCUAAAGAGGAUCAGAAUUCAGAAACUGACAAGGAAGUGGACAACAGAGAUACAGAAAGGACAGAUGAAGUCAAACUACAACAGAAUGGGAACUGUCAGCCAAAUGAAGAAGACCUCUCAAUUAAAAUGGAAGAGGUUUAAAGCAAAGAAUGGACCUCUGAUUCAACUAGGAAACGCAAUCCAAAGCUUUUUAUUCCCCAGAAUGAGGAAGAAAAUGUCAAAGCAAUCAACCUGAACGUGUUGAUAGUACUAGUAGCUCUUCCAAUUCUUGUGAUAGCUUUGUUGUCUUCUUGCUGUAAAGCAAGAGAGCACGGACCAGUAGGUAUAUCAUGAAAAGGCAGAUGCCAUCAAAACUAUUCAUCUCUGAAAAUCCAUGCAUUUCCAUGAUGGCUGUACUUACUUGUAAAAUGAUUUAUGUUAAGUUCUGCCAUAAGCUGUUACAAAUAAGUAGAAACUGAAAGGUGUAAACCUGUACUACCCAAAAAAACCUGAAGAUGUGCAUUGAAGGUUGUUUAAAAUAACUCCUUGUUGAUUAAUUUUUUUUUUGUUUUACCUUGUAGGUUAAAAAAUCCACAAAAACUUAAAUGUGUACUGUUUGAUGUGCUUGGAAAUGGUGCAUAAUUAUACACACUUUUCUUUUGUUGUAAAUGACAACUGUAGGGAAAGGGUUUUUAAACGUAAAUGUAGUUUUACGGUUAAUAUGUUAAAUACCCCCUGACUAGUAUGUUUUUCAUUUGCUCACUGCUUGAGAUUCUUGGGGUUUAUUAUUUAAAAUAAUUUCUUACUAAUAUCUUUAAAAUUAAUAUUUCUUUUAAAGUAUUUGAACAAUGCAUGCUACUUUUCUGUUCCUAAGAGGAGCAUUGCCAUUUUAUAGAUAAUAGGUUAGCUUGCUGGGUUAUUUUGGGACUGUUUUGUUAUUUUGUUUUCUUUUGUCCUUCCAGAAGUGAGCACAUCUUUAUCAUAUUAUCAGAAAUUACAGCUGUGUUUUGAGCUGUACUGCAGUGUGUCUGUUCAGCUGCAAAUAGUACAGGUGCCAUUAUGAAAAGAAAUAUUUUUUAUUUGUUUAAAAAAUAUGGGAGCACAAGCAGAAGCUUUAGUGCCUUCUUAAAAUGUGGUAUUUUCUAGAAGGGUAUGUGCUAUUACUUGUUUUUGGCUAAAUCUUACGUGAUCUCUCUUGCUAUUUUGCCACCACCAUACUGUAGACAAGAAUGCAAGUGACUUGCCAGAACGGUUGUUUGAUUCACUUGUUAAAAUACUAAAGCUCCAUUUUUACUUUUAUUUUUUGUUAUUAGAAGAGAUUUAUAGAUGAAAGCAAAGAUGCAAUUUGGGGACCACCACUGUACAAAAGUAGUAGCUGAAUACAAAGCAUUUUCUGAUCACCUGCAUCAAAGACAACCUACAUUUGGAUGGCCUUAAUUGUUACCUCUCCAUCAUCUUCUCUGAUAGCUGUUGGGUGAUGUCACAGGAAUUGUAUGCAAAGAAGUGGGGAUAAAUAAUUUUGGGAAAAAAGUUCUAAUUUACACUGUAGUUAUAUGGGGUUCUUUUUUCGUUCUUUGGGGAGAAAGCAUGUAAGAAGAGAAUGACAAAGCAAAUAUUUUUGUCAAGGUAAAACACGGCUUGUGUUCUCUGAACUAAUUUAAUUGGUUACAUAGGAUUUCUUAAGAGUCAUACCUUUAAAACUUAAUUAUACCUGAAAUUGAGGAGAUUAUUUUUAAUACAACUUAAUACAAUCAAAUGACUUAAUUGCCUUACCUCAUGGGAAGAGUUAUUUCUUUCAGUUAAAAAAAAAAGAAUAGGAUAUUUGCUGUUUGCUUUCAUUUUGUUUUUCUUUUCCUUUGCAUAGUUAAUUCUUCAAAAAAAGAUAAAGCAUGUUACAAGGAGUGAAAAAUUUGCCCAAUUCCUAAGGUAAUGAAACCCAGUUUGAUCGUGAAGCUACUUGAUCACUCUUCAUUUUCAAUAGGUUUUAAUGUUCUUGCCACUGUGUACAUUUAAAACUAUGGAAAAUGCUUUACCAUGUAAAGUAUAGACAGUCAUUUUUGUGAUGUUUAAGCCACAUGCUAUUGGCUGGUAAACAGCUUAUUCUGAUAAAAGAAUGACAAAUCUGUAUGCUUACAGGAAGACUGUGAAGGAUUGUGUCUUGCAACAACAGCUGUCUUAUUUAUGAUGUGUAAGUAGCAUAGAGCAAAGAGAUUGUUUGUAUACUUGUUAUCUUUGGUACCAUUUCACUAAUAAAAUUAAGUAUUUUAGAGGGAAGUUUCUGCUGGUACAUACUUAUUGAAGGAAUAUUUUUAGUUGAUUGGUCUUAUUCAGGCAGCUUCUUUGAUUUGAAAUGGGGAUACCAGUGAAAAUAUACAUGUAUUAUUUAUAAUAUCUUUGAAAAACUAAGUUUCUCCUUGGGGAGGAAUUAGAAUUCUUGCAGUGUAUCAUGUUUCAGCUGAGUUUUGUUACCCUGAAAUUGCAUAGCUCUGGUAUAUAUCAGUUACAGAAUAUGUAAAGGAUUGUGUGCAGUUAGCUAAGAAACAUGCCUUUGGAAAUUAGUAGUUACAGAUUGGCAGCCUUACUAAUUUAUCACAUGUGUAAGUCCAUAUGCACCACAUUGUUGCAUUGUAUGUGAAUUAAUGGUUCCCUUACAAAAUGCUUUUUUUAAAAAAAGGCAAAAAAGACCCCAAACCAACCAACCGCCAAACACGUUUCCUCCCCACACCAGGUCAUAUUUUCUUACAAAUGCUGUAUUUUCUGGGUUUGCUUUGUAAAUACUCUGCAGAUCUGUGAGGUAGUUAAGUUCUGUCUAUUUGUAUUAGGUGUUUUACAGUUCCCCUCUUCCUAAAAAGCUACUAGAGAGAGCUGUUAUUUGUAAAAUGCCUGUCUCUGCAGAGCGUGGCUCACUUUUAAGCGGGUAGCGUAGCGCAGUAGUGAAGUUCCUGCUUGCUCCAAGGGGAUUGUGUGCAUCAUCCAUGGAAUGUGUCCAUCUUCCAUUGCCUUCUCCUUCUCAAGUUUGCAUGCUGAGCUGCCGUGUCAGAUUGUUUGGGUUUGCACUUUAUAAACAACAUUAAAUGGAGUGAGUGUUUUGAGAACGGUGUAGUUCAUGAUAGCUGUACUGUUUUAAAUGCAAUUUCAUUUGAGUCAGCCUUUAUUUGAAAAUGUUGUGACUUGUAAUUGCUCAGAGAAGCGGCCAUAGGGUGCUAUUUUGCCAGGACCAUGUAAAACACAUACGUGCUUGAGCUUCCAUUAGUGACCGCAGUUAUUUCGCAACAGUGUUUCUGGGUAAAGAUAGGCUUUUUCUUUGGAUUUUGAAAGAAGAAGGUAGCAGGAGACAACAACAGGAUAGAGUUGGCCUUCCGUAGGUUUACAUAGGUGUGAGGGAUGAAAUUUUGUUUGCAAACACUGACGGUUGUAUGGUGUGUAAAGAAUACUGUUUUUCGUAUUUCAAAAUUAGAACUAAGUGGGGCAAAAAGCACUUCAGCUGGAAACUAGAAGCAUCUGAAGCACGUCUGAAAAAUCAGCGAGACCUGGGUUCUGCCUACUCAUUAGUCACCUGCUAAUUUUUUUGGUGGCGAUUUCAUACAGAUCCAUCUGAGCAAGCUUUACAUUAGCGGGCUGACAGCAGCAGCGUAUGUGCAGCUUGGGUUCUGAAAUGAGCUGUGGGCACCUGAGUGUGUUGUCUCUGCUGCAAAGAAGGUGACUUCCCUAGUCUGCGGCGUGCUUUGCCUUGCUUGCUGGGGUCCUUUGGUCCAGCUACAGCCAAGGCAGCAUCUGAAAUUACUUUGAACCCCUGCAAAUCUGGUACAUAGUGGCUCCUCUGUGCUGCCCUUGGCUUGUACUGGUAUCUUGUAAGAGUUACUAGGUUUAGGGUUUUCUGUAAUUUUCUUUUGGUCUAAGGAAGAGAUAAUAAGUAAAGGCUGCUUUGUAUGAUACAAACUAUUGUGUACUUCAUACCUGUCCGUAUUAGUGUUAUUUUUUUCAUUUGUGUCUGACCAUUUCAAGUGGUAAUGCCAUAGUGUUGUGUGUGUAACCUCUGCUUUUCAGUCUGAAACAUCCCUGCAUCGGUGUCUUUUUGUUAAUUUGUGAAAGAAGGUUAGAGUUCAUAUAUUUUAAUUUUGCCAACCAUUCACUUAGAGGAAAAAAAAAAAAAUCAGGCAAAAGUGAUCUUGAAUUUUAUACGUGUUAGUGUGAAAAUGGCAUUAUAACAGUAAAACAAAUAAUCUUAAAAGAUGUGAAAUCUGAACAAAGACUUGCAAACUGGAGCAUAUGAUGUGUCCCACCUGCCACUUGGUGGUAGUUUCAGUUUUCUAGCAAUCAGUUACUGCCUUUGGUGUUAUCAUAAUUUUAAAAGUAAGAAUUGGAUUUAGUGAUACAAAUGUUGAGAUCUGUAAAUGCCUAAAAUAAUGAGUAGGCGCUUAGUGCAGAAAGAUGUAGUUUUCUCACCAGAGACUGGAGUGUGCACAAUUGAAAUAUGAGAUAUCAUUAGUGCUAUUACCUGAAGAGAAUCUAAGACUUAGUUGUUUGCUAAUACGUAAACAGAAAAAAUGUUUUCAGCCUGUACCUUAGGUUUAUUUUUAUAUGUUGAAAAGUGUAAUUAAAGUAAUAUUGAAAAUAAAA